AUGAAAUUGAUUACUUUAAGCGAACUGCGAGGUCGUGCGAGGUGCGUUAGUUUCUGGAAUUUACUUGAACGUUUUUGCUAUUACAUAAAGCGGUAUUUUAUAAUAAGAGUAUCAUUUGAAAAUUUUGAAGAAGUAAGUAUUCUUCCAUAUUUUAUAUAUUUUUAUUUCUGUGAAUAAAUAAAUAUAUAUAUUUAUACAUAUAUUUAUUUUUUCUUCUAUUUCUAUGAUGAUUAUUUACAUUAAUGUUCAUUGUUUUUGUUAAAAAAUUUGUAUAGAAAUUACAUAAUUCAUAUUAUUAUAUAUAUUGAGUUUCAAAGAAAUUUUGUUGUAUAUUAUUUUUUGUGUAUGCUGUUUACUUUACAAUUUUAUAUUGAUAAUCAAAUUUAUUGUUUUUAGAAAGAAUAAACGAAACUAAACAAAAAAUGUAUUUAAUAUUUGUUUUUUUGAAUCUAGAAUGGCUAUAGACAUAUCUCCAAAUAAGGAUAAAGGUGUUCUGAAAGAAAUAAUAAAAAAAGGUGUGGGAGAUGAAACUCCAUCACCUGGAAGUACUGUAACAGUACAUUAUACAGGUACUUUAUUGGAUGGAACAAAAUUUGAUUCGAGCAAAGAUCGUAACGAACCAUUUCAGUUUGAACUUAAAAAAGGAAGUGUAAUUAAAGCAUGGGAUAUAGGAAUAGUUACUAUGAAAAAAGGUGAGAUUGCACUAUUGACAUGUGCUCCUAAAUAUGCAUAUGGGAAAAAUGGUAGCCCACCUAAAAUUCCUCCAGAUGCAACACUUAAGUUUGAGAUUGAAAUGAUUGAUUGGAAAGCAGAAGAUUUAAGUCCCGAAAAAAAUGGAAGUAUUGAAAGAUAUCAAAUUAUACAAGGAAAAGAUUACAUUACUCCACAAGAAGGAGCUCUAGUAAAUAUACAUUUAGUAGGCACAUAUAAUGGGAAAACAUUUGAAGAUAGAGAUGUACAAUUCUCUCUUGGAGAAGGAGAAGAGUGUGGUGUUGUAGAAGGUGCAGAAAAAGCUUUGGAAAGCUUUAAAAGCGGAGAAAAAUCAAAGCUCAAGAUUAAAAGCAAAUAUGCAUUUAAAAACAUUGGAAAAGCUGAAUUUGACAUUCCACCGAAUGCAACUGUAGAAUAUACAGUAGAAUUAAAGAACUUUGAAAAAGCUAUUGAAUCUUGGUCCUUGAAAAAUAAUCAGCAAAUAGAACAAGCUAAAAUCUACAAAGAAAAGGGAACAAAUUAUUUCAAGACAAAUAAAUAUAACUUAGCAAUUAAAAUGUACAAGAAAGUUAUCUCAUUUUUGGAAUAUGAAGGUAAUUUUAAAGGGGAUCUAAAAACAGAAAGAAAUGAUCUUAUUUUAUCAGCGCAUUUAAAUUUGGCAUUAUGUUACUUAAAAAUGGAUCAAAAUGUUGAAGCAAAGGAUUCGUGUAAUGAAGCUUUGAAGCUAAAUCCACAAAAUGAAAAAGCUUUAUUCAGAAGAGGACAAGCAUAUUUUGCACUAGCAUCACCUGAAAUUGCAAUUAAAGAUUUUCAGGAAGUUUUAAAAAUAGAACCAAAAAAUACAGCAGCUGUGAAACAAAUCAGAAUUUGCAAUAAUUUUAUUAAAAAGCAAUUAGCAAAAGAGAAAAAACUAUAUGCAAAUAUGUUUGACAAAUUUGCCCAAGAGGAUAAGCAGAAGGAAGAGGAGAAGCUGCGAGAUCAACCAGAUGUGAUGUGUGGGGCUUUGGGUGAAUGGGGACAGGAAGAACGACCAGGAGGAAGAGAUGCAACUGCUUUUGAAAAGGAGAAUCCUAAUAUACUUAUGCUUAAUGCUAAUGGUACUGAUGAAUUUCAAAAUAUGUAAAAUAUUGACUAUAUCUAUACCCCAUUCCUUAUACUUAUGCCCCAGUUUUAACUGUCAACAGUAUGAAAUUUUGUUAACUAUUGGUUUGUAAUGUGUUUCAAGUACAUUACUUUAAUACCAUCAUACAAAAAUGCAUGUCAUAUAGUUUAUUAAUAUUCUGUGACAUACGAUACAGCCUAGUCAAGAAAUCUCAUAUUUUGUAUAAUUAAAUCAGAACUUUCUUGUUCAUUUUUUAUAGAAAUUUAACAUCACAUAUAUUUAAAUCAUACAAUAAGAAUUAUCAAAUUUAAUUCAAAUUUCCUUUGUAAUAUAAUUGAUAUUUAUUCACAAGCCUGUAUUUAAAAUUAUAAUGUUUAUAUUUAUAUCAUUACACAUUUUCAUUCCAUAUAAUUGUAAUAAUAUGAUAAAAUUUAAUCAUAAUAAUAUAUAAUUCUUGAACAAGUUACAUUCUUGAACUUCAUUUACUUUUAUGUAAAUAAUUUUAUAACGUACGAGUUACUGUAAAAUAAGGUAAGUAAUUAUCAUUUUGAUGUUUUGUAUUACUUAUUAAAAAUUUGUAUUACUUAUUAAAAAUUAAAAAUCAUAAUUUUAAUAUAUUAAUAUAUUAUUUUUUAUAAUAAAACUUUUUCUAAAUUAAAAAUUAAUAGAAAAAUAUAUGUUUAGUAGUGAAAAUUUGUAAAAUUCUUUUUAAAUAUUUAAAUGUAUGUUUUGUUCUUUAAUAAUUAUUACUUAAUAUAUAAUUUUUACAAAAUAUAUAAAUAAUUUUUUAUAUAAGCAAAUAUUUAUGUUCGUUUUUAAAACUUUGAAAUGAAAAUACAUAUAUACAUAUAACCAUAUAUUAAAGAAUUUUUACUAACUCGCUUAGCAACAGUAAUGUUGAUGCAGCAAUAAAGAUUGUGACAAAAAACUGA